AUGAGCUGCAACACCGCCAACGACGAUCAAGACAAUCGCGAUCCCCGUUCCACCUCCACUCCUCGUCUCUCUGCCGUCGACGGAGACGCUACCAGCUUGUUCGAAUACAUCAUCCGCGACAAAGUAUGGGGUGCCAAUUUGGAUCCUCCCGAAUCAGCUAAAAACGUCAUCAAACCAUGGCAUGAACGUCUCUCCGCCGACCCCUCCACUCAGUCCAAUGUCGAUGAUCAGCUCGCCAUCACCGUUCCUUUCACCUGUCCUGUUCGGUUGAAGUCGAUGUUGAUCAAUACGGGCACUGGCGACUUUGCUCCCACACGAUGCCGCGCUUUCGUCAACCGACCGGAUGGCAUCGAUUUCGAUCAAGUGGAGCAGGCUACAGCAGACGAUCAUCCGGCCAACCUCUCGCCUCGUGCUAGUGCAGCUACACUGGGAGGAGUAGCAAGUGGAAGGGCGCAGGCCGACUUUGCCUUGUUGAGCGGCCAGCAAGGUGUGGUUGAGUAUCCAGUCAGCGUGGCACGCUUCUCGCACACCAACAGCAUCACUAUCGUCCUUUCCCACUCGAACGCUACGACAUUGUCGCGCUUCUUCUACCUAGGUUUCAGAGGCACCGCACUCCUACCCAAAACCGAGCCGGCAGAGAGACUCGACAUCCGUGCUGCCAACUCAGCCGAUCGUCCUGUCGAUGCGUUGCGUGAGAAACGCGGUGCGAGCCAAGGACUGGCUGGUGGUAGUAACAGAGGAACGCCGACGCGGUCAACCCGCUAUGUUGUCAGCGACCACGAAGCGGCUCACCGUAUUGCACGCAUGGCCGAAGGUGGAGAGAGCACUCCACGUCGAUCACCAAGGAGUAAAACAACUUCCACAUCCUCGGCAGCUCAGCAGACCGAAUCACCGACGACUACACCGCCGCGCAAACGCAAAGCGCCGCCUUCUCAACCAGACGAUGCGGACGACACCAAGACUACACCUCAUGCUUCUCGCAGUCCAGCCAAAACGCGCACUCCUGCUGCCAAUCCGACUACUACUUCGCCCACACCUCGAACUGCGCCGCAAACACGUCACCGGCCAUCCGCAACAGCCGAUGCUCAGUCUUCUUCGCAAGGUCAAUCCCAAGCAACAUCAUCUUCGUCAGCAGCAGCAAGUGACCCUUCACGUCGCAGAUCACUUUCACAGCCACCUCCCAACGAUGUUCUGAUGCGACAACUCCAAGCGAGCUCCAUGACUCCCUCUGUCAAGUAUGCUGCUGCUCAACGUCAGACCCGCACUCCAUCCCAAACCGCUUCGGCUUCGACCAUAACUCCUGGCCGACGCAUCCUUGGUACACCAAGACGCACCGUCCCUGGCUCAGCCUCAGCCUCUGCUAGCAACCCUUUCACCGGCGGCACCGCAGGUCCAUCCACAUCAAACCACCAACAACAAGGCAUGCAAACCCCAGCAACCGACAAAAGACGUAAACGCAACGAUGCGCUCCUCGCCAGUGCUCAACGUUCCCGCGAACGCCGUUCUGCCUCCCGCAAAUCCCUCCUCUGGGGCGGUAUCGGUGGAUGGGCAGGUGGUAGGGAAGAAUCUCCCAUGGAUUUGCUGCGUCGACUUGCACGUGCACCCGGCUUCAUCGCCCCACCUACUCCCUCAGAGGACUCAAUUGCUAUGCCUCCUCCUACCGCUCGUCCAGGCCGAACGAGCACUGCGAGUAGCACCGCCGAUGCUUCCACCUCCCGCAACACUCGCGGUGCAAGGGACAGCGCAGCUAGCAGCGCCUCCCGCGCAACAAUGCUCGUUCCUGGUGAAUCCGUUCCUGGCGAUCUCACACGCGACUCUAACCUUUCUGAUUCGCUCAACGACCACAAUGAUUCACUAGUGUCGCACACUGGAGAUGAGAGUGUCGACGAUCGUUCACCUUCACGCCUUUCUGAUAUUGGAGUUCCUCGUCGUGCGUCUGGUGUCGGUUUAGUGAGGGGUGGCAUUUUCGCUGCGAUGGCAGACCGGCCUAAAACCUCUCGCAUUUCCACCGGCUCUCGAGUGUCAUUUGCGGAUCACGCAAUCUCUCCCGAUUCGAUGCGGUUUGAUGAUGUGUCCAGUCGACGAGAAGAUGAGUUGGAACGCUCUCUUCAGGGUCAGCAAUCUGGUUUUAUCUCUGCUUCGGGAAUCGAUCUUGCAACAGCAAAAGCUAUCAGGCGAUUGGACGAUUUAACGAGGCAAAGUUUCUUUAGCCAAGAUGGACAGCUCCAGUUCGACGACGACGAGGAAGAGGAUGAAUCGGUUUUGGAACAAACAAGAAAAAGUACCGGUCGAAGCAUGUCUGAACCACUCGACGGUGGUGAGUCAUCUGUUGUUAUGCACAAUGAUCUGAUGCCAGAAGCACAGAGUGAAGAAGAAGAAGAGGUUUCUGAUUCACUGCCACUCGAUCCUGCCGCCGCCGCCGCCGCAGCCUCCGAUGAUGGCGAAGAAGAACUCGCACGUCGCAUACCAGCAGAUGAUUCACGCAAUGUCUCCGACCUCCGUGACACAUCUCUCCCUACCGCUGGCGACAUUAAUGACGAUAGCCAUGUAUCGCGUGUUAGUUUCGCAGAACAAGACCAAGUAUCGUUUCAACCAGACGAUCCCUACUCCUCCUCUGAAGGAGAACAAUACGGUCUCGACAACGACGAGGAAGAAUCCGAUAUCGAAAACCAAGAUCCCUCUGCCCGACGUCUUGAUCUGCUCGACCCGAAAGAUCUUACUUCUCUACUCAAACGUCGAAUCGUAAAGAAGCGAAAAUCUCGAAUCUCGCCUAUCACAGGAAACCCGUUGCCUCCCCUACCAACUUCCGUAAUGAGAGAUAUAUUUUCUUCUUUCCUCACACCCUCUACCUCGACCCCCUCGCUACUCUCCCCUUCCAGUUCCGGACCAAAAAAAGCGAAACUGGAUAGCUCGGUGAUAGAUGAGCUGGAUAGUGCGGUGCAUGAUUUCUUCGCAGACUUGACUUCCUCCCUUCUCUCCCAAUCCAAAACCCGCACAGCAAGAAAAAGCGGUGAGGGGGGUACGAUCACAGAAGCUGACGUGGUAGCAGUACUUAAAAGGCAGGGUAGGGUGACACAGAGAAUGGACGCUAGCAGUUUAGCACAUAAGAUGUUGCCAAGAGAAUUGACAGAUCAAAUGGAGCUGGGCAGAUGGGCAAAAACGGGAGCCGUACAGACUACACUUGGGUUCGGUGGGUCGGGUGGUGCCAGACAAGGGGGAAAAGCAGGGAGGAAAGGUGCGGAUAGCAGUGUGGGGACUACUGCUGCUAGUAGUGUGAUGCUUGAUAAUGAGGAUAGUGGCAGCUUUAGUACGAGUGGCAGUGGCAGUGGCAGUUCGUAA